AUGGCCGACGAGACCGCCCUCGACGAGACCGCGGCCGACGAGACCGCUGUCGACGGGGCUUCCGCCGACGGGAAUGCCGUUGACGAGACCGCCGCCGACGGGACUGCCGCCGACGGGUUCACGGGCGAAGAGGGUUCAGGAGCCGAGGGCUCUGCCGGUGAGACGACUGCCGACGGGUCUUCCGUAGACGAGGCUCAAGUCCAGAAGCGAUCCACCACCAAAGGCUCUAAGAAGAAGGUGUCCACCGGCGAGACCUCUACCGGCGCGACUACUGCUGAUGAGACCUCUACCGGCGCGACCACCGCUGAUGAGACCUCCACCGACGAGACUUCUACCAGCGGGGCAUCUACCGGCGCGACCACCGCUGAUGAGACCUCCACCGACGAGACUUCUACCAGCGGGGCAUCUACCGGCGCGACCACCUCUGAUGAGACCUCUACCGGCGCGACCACCGCUGAUGAGACCACCGCCGACGAGACCUCUACCGGCGCGACUACUGCUGAUGAGACCUCUACCGGCGAGACCUCUACCGGCGCGACCACCGCUGAUGAGACCUCUACCGGCGAGACCUCUACCGGCGCGACCACCGCUGAUGAGACCUCUACCGGCGCGACCACCGCCGACGAGACCACCGCCGACGAGACCUCUACCGGCGCGACCACCGCUGAUGAGACCUCCACCGACGAGACUUCUACCAGCGGCGCAUCUUCCAGGAAGACCUCGGCGAGCAAAACCGGUUCGAAGAAGACCACCUCAAAGAAGACUGCUGCCAAGGGGGCCGCUGCUGACGACACUGCCGCGGAGUCCGUAUAG